UGGAUGCGGAGAAGGGUCAUCGUCGGUCCAGGGGUAUGAGCACCCUGGAAAAGUGUCUGAUAUUUCUUUUCGUGGCCAUGACCGGGGCCUGCAUCGGCCUUGUAGUCGUCUACUUCACUGACAAAGCUAACUCUUCUACUCAUGUAGAAGGGGCAGACUCAGGGUGUGGAGGUCCUCAGGAGAUGUCUGAAGAGUCAGGCACCUUCACCAGCUGGAACUAUCCCAACAGCUAUGACAACGGCAAGAGCUGCACCUGGCAGAUCACUGUGGACCCUAACAAGGUGAUCCAUCUGUGGUUUGAGGAGUUUGCUUUGGAGGCCACCCAGCUCUGCACAGGAGACUUUGUCACACUGCGAGACUCUCUGGGAACCAUUGGUAAAUACUGUGGCUACACCAAACCGAAGCCAGUAGUGUCCCUUACAAACCGCCUGACGGUGUACUUCGACACCAAUGACAGAAAAACAGACCAAGGAUUCAAGGCUCAUUACAGGGCUGUGGCUCCAGAGCUCGCAUCAGAAAUAGCCGGAGCUGGUGGCUUUUUUCAAGGUGACCAGGGGGAUAUGAUGACCCCCAGCUUCCCUGAGCAGAACUACCCAAAUGGAGCACUAUACCAGUGGAGAAUCACAGUGCCUGAAGGCGAGAGGGUUCGUCUGACAUUUACUUCCUUUGACCUGGUCCCUGAGGUCUGUGGAGACUUUGUUCAGGUCUAUGAUGGCGACACGGCUGGCUCUUCUUCAAUAGGGAAAUUCUGUGGUGGGACGAUGCCAAAGCCAAUCGAGUCCACUGGCAAUACAAUGGUGGUGCGCUUCAAAUCAGACAACACUUUGACUUCUAAAGGAUUCAAAGCAACUUACACAAAGUCCAGCCUUCCACCUGUUGUUGUUCCCACCACAGCGAAACCCACGACCACACCUAGACCCACCACACAAACCUCUCCAUCUCCCACAUCAGGAAGCGGUGGUCCAGUAAUCCUCAAUGGACGUAAAGGAGCGAUCCAGUCCUUGGGUUUCCCAAAUCCAUAUCCUGCUCAUCUCAAUAGCUCCUGGAAGAUAUCUGUGCCCAAAGGAUUCCUGGUUAAACUGCAGAUCACUGAAAUGGCCAUCACAGGAGAGACUGGACAAUGCAAGGAGGACAAACUGAUCAUCUCAGAUAUGUACAGCACACUAGGUACACACUGUGGCUACAUCAUUCCCCCUGUGGUGGUCAGUGCCAGUGACACAAUAUCUGUCACCUUCCAGUCCGACAGUCGCCUCACAGACCGAGGAUUCUCUGCCAAGUGGGAGGCUGUGUAUCCUGAGGAUAUCACAGAAAUCCAGGGCUGUGGCUUUUCUUCCAAAGAGGAAACCGGGGUUAUCAAGUCCCUAAAUUGGCCUAUGAACUACAAGGCUAACACUGAGUGCAUGUGGAACAUCGCUUUGCCUGUGGGGAAAAAAAUCACACUGACGUUCACCCACUUUGACCUAGAAGCCAAAGAUAUUUUAACAUCCAAAUGCUAUGACAACAUAAUGGUGUAUGACAUCAAUAGUGUGACUAAUGCGCUGAUUCAGAAGCACGGUCCAUUUUGUGGGACUAAGCUGCCUCUUACCAUCCAGACAAAAGGCACAAGGCUUGUGAUUCGUUUCCAUACAGACUUGUUUACCGAGGCCAAAGGCUUCAGGGCCUACUGGACAACAAACCCCAGUCUGCCUGCUCCCACUGAGCCGCCUGUUCAGCCAAACCCCUGGGACAACAUCACUAUAGACUGGCCCAGUACAUGUGGGAAACCAGCCAUUCCUCCGGUUGUUGUGUCACGCAUAGUGAACGGAGAGGCAGCCAAGCCACACUCCUGGCCCUGGCAGGUGUCCAUGCAGGUCUGGCCGGAAAGUCGUCCAGAACCUACAUUCUUCCAUACCUGUGGUGGCACUCUUAUUCAUAAGAACUGGGUACUUACAGCAGCUCACUGCUUCAUUAGAUAUGCUGAUGAGCUGCAGCGUUGGCGCAUGUGCCUUGGCAAACACAACCUGACUUACACAGAGCCGAGUGAACGCUGCUUCAGUGUGACUGGUAUCUAUCGUCAUGAGGGAUUCAAGUAUCCCACAGUGCCCACAGUGGAGUUUGACAUUGCCCUGGUCAGACUGGACAGAGAGGUGAUACCCAGCAAUGAGAUCUCGUUUGCCUGCCUUCCGUCCGAGGAGGAAGUGCUACUUGGGGGCAAGAAGUGCUACGCCACCGGCUGGGGAGAUGAGACCGGUGAUUCGAUGAAUGCUAAAGUCGCAGAGGCCCUUAACCAGGUCGCACUGCCUGUUGUGCCUUUUGACACCUGCAAGAGGAUGGAUUACUGGUGGUUUCAGGUCAAGACCUCCAUGAUCUGCUGUGGUUAUACCCUGCCUGAUGAGCUCAAGUCUGUCUGUCAGGGAGAUUCAGGUGGUCCUCUGGUGUGCCAGGAUACCCCUGGUGGUCCUUGGGAAGUUCAUGGUAUAACCAGCUUUGGCCCUAUCGGAUGCAUUAUGAAUAAGAAGCCCUCCGUGUUCACCCGUUCCUCUGCCUACAUCCCUUGGAUCAAAAAUGUCAUCCGCAGGGACAUCUACAAUGAGCACACAUCUGGCUGUGGAGGGGCAAAGGACUUGACUGGCGCAGGAGGCACACUGUCCACUAUGGGUUACCCUGGCAGCUACAACAACAAAGCCAGAUGCCAGUGGAACAUCCAGGUGGCCCCUGGCAAAUUGGUCCACCUCCAUUUCCAGAAUUUCUCCCUGGAGGAAAGUCAGCUGUGCAUGAAUGACAAAGUCAUGCUCACUGAUAGAAUAGGAACUCUAGGCACACAUUGCAGCCACGUACAUCCUAAAGACCUGGUGAGCGAUGGAAACAUACUUCGUAUCAGCUUCACCUCCAAUGACAGGGUGGUGGACACAGGCUUCACUGCCACCUGGAGGGCAGUGGACCCUACAGAGGCUCCUUGUGGAGGGAGCUUCAGCAGUAAUCAGGGUGAAAUCACCUCUCCUAACUGGCCCAAUGACUACCAAGCCCAGUCUGUGUGCACAUGGCGUAUCUCCAUCCCUUUAGCAAAAAGUGUCCAUAUAGUCUUCACCCACUUUGAAUUACAAGCUAUAAACAUGUUAGGAAACUGCGUGGACUACGUGGAGAUCUUCGGUGGAGAAAGCAUGGCAUCACUAGGUAAAUUCUGUGGCUUUGCCCCUCCACCCACCAUCACUGUCCCUGGCAACACAGUUGUCAUUCGUUUCCUUAGUAACGGAAACAAUCAUCAGAGCGGUUUUCGGGGUUACUGGACCACUGAUACCAGUGUUGUCCCAACUUUACCUCCUCCACCUCCUAACCCAUGGGACAAAGUCACUAUCGACUGGCCAGUAGAUUGUGGAAAACCAGAAGUGACACCCAAUACGGCCACUCCGAGGGUGGUUAAUGGGCAAGAGGCGAUACCCCAUUCCUGGCCCUGGCAAGUCUCCAUGCAGGCUUCACCAUUUUUUCCCAUACCUUACAUGCAUGGUUGCGGAGGCUCUUUGAUUCAUGAAGAAUGGAUCCUAACUGCGGCUCACUGUUUCAUGGCUCCACUGAAUAAACCCUCCUACUGGCGCAUGUGUUUGGGGAAGCACCACAUGAACUCUUCCAUGGAUGUUCCCUCAGCGGAGGAAUGCUAUAAGGUGGAUGGUAUCAUCCGCCACAAGGGGUUCGUCUACGAGCAGGAUCCCAGUGACAUCACCAAUGACAUAGCCCUGGUGCAUUUGACCAAGCCUGUCAAUAUGACGAGGGAGAUCAGCCCCAUCUGUCUGCCCAAACCUGGGACCGUGAUGCCUGCUGGGACACCCUGCUUUGUCACUGGCUGGGGAGACGAGAAAGGUAAUCUGUUCCCCAAAGUGUCCGAGAAGCUAAAUCAGGCAGCCCUUCCUAUUGUUGACUUCCAGACCUGCAGUAAACCUGCUUACUGGUGGGACACCCUCAGGCCCUCCAUGAUCUGUGCUGGCUACGAGUCCCCAGAUGAGCUCAAGUCAGCCUGCCAGGGUGACUCCGGGGGUCCUUUUGCCUGCACGGCUGCUGGAACAAACACAACCUGGGAGGUGCAUGGUAUUGUCAGCUUUGGACCUCAGGGCUGCAUCAAAGACAAGAAACCUUCAGUUUUCACCCGCGUCUCUGCCUUCAGUGAUUGGAUCAGCGACAACAUCAAGAAGUUUAUAUACGAAAAUGGCAAAACCAACUAG